UCUGACAAUAGCAGGCGCCAUUCCAGCGCAACAUGCCAUGGAAAUUGCGGAAAUGCAUUCCAGGUCUGCCUCAAACCUCACAUCUCGUCUUCAACAGCAUGGUCAUCUCCAGACCUCAUCGUCUUGAAGUGUGCUCCACCUCCUUCCCCACUCAGCUCAACGCCACAAUCAACGAUAACGACGGAUAAC